AUGAAAGCAAGGUGGCUUUUCUCUCUCUUUUGUUUGCUCUCAGUGCCCAGUGUCACAGGCCAGACUGCAGUUGUCAUUACCCAGACAGAAGUGGUCCAUGCUCUACCAGCUACUGACAUCUCCCUGGUGCGCAUGUUCCCAAAACUGCACAGCACACACAUCAUACAGACACAGUGGUCCAAGACUGACGGCAGCUCCUCUGCCAAAAUAGCUAUAUAUCACCCCACCUACGGCACCCAUUACUUCAAGUUUUCUGAGGAUCCUUACAACUUUUCAGUGUCCUUCAGCACAAGGGUGUGCUGCACUGGGGAUGACACAGGGUCCUUGUCUUCCACCAAUCCAAAUGCUGCGUCUGAAUGCAAUUGGUGGGUGCUGCAUCUGGAAAAUGUUACCGUGUCCCUUACUGGGCAGUACGAAUGCACUUUUGCUACUUACCCAUAUGCGACAAAGGCCGCAAAAAUUCAACAUACUGUCAAGGCAGAAGAGGAGAGGCAAUACCUGAAAAAAGUGUGGUUAAAGCAGACUUUAGAAAUUCUGUGCCUUGAGGAUGAGACUUCAGAAAAUUUGUCCACUUAUCCUUUGAAAUGGCUAGUGGAUGAAAAUGGGAGGAAAGAGGAACUUAUCCAAAGCCCUGCUUACCCUGAGAUUUUCACUACCCUGGAGGAGGGCUCAGCCAGGAGUGCAUCUAAACCUAAUGUGAGCUGUAUCGUGAGGAAGGCAUUUCCCAAGCAAAGCCUCCUAUGGUACAUGGACAGAGUGAGCCUGGAGGUAAAGCAACCUGGUAUUUUCUUUUUUUUUUUCUCUCCCCAAGAAAUUUCUGUGGUACAAGAAGACUUGCAAGACAGCGAAGGUUUCUAUGAGCUGAAAUCAACACUGAUGCUGCAAGGGACCCAUACGAUACAUAAGACAUUCUCAUGUGUGUGUCUCUUUCCCUUCAUGGGAAAUGAAACAAAGAAUAUUAAUAUUUCAUCACAAGAAAUAUUUGUUUCCUUUGACAAUAAUGAAGCCUCAGCUGAAGUUUUUACCAUCACGGUUUCAGAUGAGCACCAGUAGACAUCUGUGGCCUCUCUGGAUUUCACAAGUCCAGUAAAUUUGACUCCUGCUUCCACAAUACAAGCAGGAGCGCUAACUUCUACCACAGAGGCAAAAGGCUAUACCAGUGCCACAGCAUGCAGCGAGACUUUGACAACAGCAUGUAACCUGUCCUACAGCAUCACAGACCAGACAAUUUCAUUUACCAGAGGAAAAGAUUUCUUUCCUACCAGCAACUGGCUGAGCAGUACUGGUGACAGAAGAAACACCAAAGCCAGUCACUUCCCCUGGCCAACAGUGUCAGGAAGUGUCCUGCUCCUCCUCUGCAGCACUCUGGUAGCUUUAGGCAUCAGGAAAUGGUGUCAGUACCAGAAAAAGAUUAUGAACAGACCUCCAUCUUUUAAGCCACCGCCACAUCCAAUAAAUAGAGGGUAUGGGACUCCCCCAUUCUGCCAUAAACUAGAAAACCUGUAA